AUGGAUGAUUGUUUAAAGUAUAUAAUCAGCAACAGUUUGGAUGAUAUAGAUUUGGCACAAUUUCCCAAUCAACCGGUUGAGCUGAGCCAAGAGUUGUUGAUUGCUUCAUUUGAGCAAGUAAUUGUCAAUUCUGCUUCACCUUCUUGUGGAGGACACAAUCGAUUGGAAGCCAUCGCAAUGAGAAGCACCUCACAGGAUACAGGAUUAGCUGGCGCCAGGAAGAAACUGGCAAAUAAUAGAGUUACGUAUAAGUCGCUGGAGGAUGAAAAAUUGGCGCGAAGGCGAGCAAGGUUCAAUUCAGACUCGGACUCAAAACGGAAUUUCAAAAACGAUCAUGGGUUUGUAAGUAGGGGCGAGGAUACUAGGUUGCAGGACUCUGAAACGGAAAGAGAGGAGUAUUUUCUCCAUAUAUUGAGCCAGUUUAUCCGCUUCACCUCCACGCGCUCAUCGAAGGAGUUGCAUGAUACGUUUCAAAAAACUAGAGAAAUGGACCCAGAAAAUUUUGCAAGCGCACAAUGCUCAGUAGAGGAGGAAGAGGAGGAGGAGGAGGAAGAGGAAAAGAAAGACGGGGAAAAGAAACAAGAGAAAGAAGCGGCAGCAGUCACCAUUGACUCGAUAACCAUGUCACUUCGGAAACUACGCGAGAGUCUACUAUACUUACCGCCAAGCCAGCUCCAUAAAAAAGUGUUUUUAUUUUCAAUUCGAAUAUCGCAUUAUUUUAAGCAUUAUCAAACCUAUAUACCCAGCAUCAUGUAUUUGCUAGAGCACAGUGAAGCUCUUGGGUUGAGCGACUUGGAAAUUGAAGAAAUAGUGGUUAUCUUAGUGUUGCAUAUAUGCCACAUGAACAACGAUGCGUCGUCUGCAAUUGCCAAUUUUUUCGAGUAUAUACCACAAAGAAUGGAUGUCUUAAAGAUCAUUCGGUGCUGGAUAAGCAAGGACUACUAUACUUGGAUCAAUAUAUAUAACAAUGUCGAGAGCUUUGCCAUAAAAUCGAUGAUGAAAAUAGGAAUGACGCGAAUGAUCAAUUGCAUGAUUGAAUCUCUAAGUAACAGCUACUAUAAUAUGAGUAGAAGAGUGAUUGAAAAUGAUCUUCUACCACAUGACCUUACAUACGAAACAUUUGUACAAAAUUUCGCGCCAGGGUGGAGUAUCGCCGAGGAGAGCGACCUAGUAACGAUAAGAGCUCGAAAGAUGUUUAGAUUCUAUGGCAAUGACGACGGGGACAGUUCACGGCCUAAAUUACCCAACCUGAUCAAAAUUGACGAUAUCACAUCAGGUAGGAUCGAUCCCCAGCUAAUUUACGAUGAAAUAGAACGGCUCAAGGCUGAGAUAAAUAUUUUGAGGAACGAGAUGUCAAUGUUUCUCAAGGCGCUAGCUACUAUCCCGGAAACUGGGUCUCAGCAGGAAUAUUACGAGACGAUAAUACGACGAUUGCAAACAGUGCAACAAAGUAUAGUGCAGUACUGUGAACGAUAUAACAAAUUACUACCCAUAAUCAACUUGGCUCAGAUCAAGUUGGGCCACGAAGUAGAAGCACCCCCCGCGGCUGCAGCCAAGGGAGGAACUCUAUCAACUCCUUCAACAAGCAACAAUACCCCAGUUAUGGGUACAAAAACUACGCCUGCUCUAAACUCAGAAACAACUCCAAAAACAAUAGCUAAUGAUGGGUCGGCCAGCAUAAUGAAAAAUGGCAAGAAACCCAUAAGAAAAACUACAACAACAACAACAACAACAACCCCAAAGUAG